AUGAAUGAUAAUAAAAGAAGAAAACAUUUUCCAGAUUCUACAACAUUUGACUUAUGUCUGACUUUUCUUUCUUACCCCUCAAGCCUUUUGUUUUUAGAUCCUUUCUUGUUUCUUAAAACAUUUCUCUCUCUCUCUCUUUCUUUCUUUCUUUCUUUUUUUGCUUUGUUUGUAUCUUUGGUUGUCUCUUUCUUUCUUUCUUUUUUUCUUGAUUUAUUUAUUUGGGCGUCUCAUUUUAUUUCUUUCUUUGCGCGUCUUCUUCUUUUUGAAUUUCUUUCAUUUUUGGAUGUUUCAUUCUUUUCUGCCUUUUUUUUUCUUUCUUUGGGCGUCUCUUACUUUAUUUUGUUACUUUUUGAUUUUUGGGCGUCUCUUUCUUUCUUUAUUUGUGUGUCUCAUUUUAUUUCUUUCUUUGCGCGUCUUCUUUUUUACAUUCUUUCAUUUUUAGACGUUUCUUUCUUUUCUUCUUUCUUUCUUUCUUUGGGCGUCUCUUACUUUCUUUUCUUACUUGCUUUGAUUCUUUGGACCUCUCUUUCUUUCUUUCUUUCUUUUUUUCUUUAUUUCGGCGUCUCAUUUUAUUUCGUUCUUUGCGCGCCUUCUUCUUUUUUACUUUCUUUCAUUUUUGGACGUUUCUUUCUUUUCUUCCUUUUUCUUCCUUAUUCCUUCCAUUCUUUGGGCGUCUCUUACUUACUUUUGUUACUUUUUGAUUCUUUGGACGUCUCAAUCUUUCUUUUUUUCUUUCUUUGUUACUUUGUACGACUCUUAUUCUUUCUUUUGUUGCUUGUUUUGUUAGUUUUUUGUUCGGCUAAUUCUUCCUUUCUUCCUUUUUUACAUUUCAUUUGUUACUCUAAUUUGCAAAACUGGAAAGCUUAA